UGAUCAUACCAUACGUACGACUGGUGUCGACACACGUGAUAAGUAAAGAGUUACUGAGAGAGAGACCAUCGACUCCAGUAGUCUCUAACCAUAGGAUAACAACCCUAUCGACAGUCCGUCCGGAAGAGGACACCAAACCCAACACAACAUCGAUAUUAGUUUAUAUACCAUAUGUCACGUGCCGUGCCUUAAACGCCCCGAUACUGACUAUACAUAUCAUAUUUAUAUACAUAAUGGCAACGUUCAGUCUGACCACAUCUACGAUGGCCACCUCAUUGGUGGACAAUGUGACCAGUUUUAUACGACUGGCCAACGAGUCUAUGUAUGUGCCCGACAGUGGUUUAGAUGAUGGCCCGUCCCGUAUGCCCGCGCCAUACGUUUCGCCACCACUUAUGAAGAAAAUACAUGAUAUCCUAAUUGUUGUACUCCUGGUGUCCGUCAUGUUUGCCAUGGGAUGCUCUAUCACUUGGGAACAAGUGUGGGGACACAUACGACGACCGGUCGGCGUAAUCAUAGGAAUGAUAAGUCAAUUUUUUCUGCUGCCUUUCUCUGCCUACUGUCUCAUCAGAUUACUGUCCAUUGACGCCCUCCGGGGCACCGGUAUGUUAAUACUGGCCUGUAGUCCAGGUGGUGUGGCGUCCAAUAUAUUCGCCUAUUUCUGUGAAGGAGAUCUUUCCUUAAGCGUAACGAUGACAUCAUUUUCUACAAUCGCUGCCCUAUUUAUGAUGCCGUUUAACGUAUGGCUAUACGGCCGGAGUCUCGAGACCGAUACCCUGGUCAUACCAUACGGCAAAAUGUUCAUCUCGCUCAUUUCGCUCACCACACCCGUCAUCAUUGGUAUGGGUGUCAACUGGAAGUAUCCCAAGUUUGCUCCCGUAUUGGCACAGGUGGGAAGUUUCGCCGGUUUCUCCAUCAUAAUCGUUUGCCAGACACUGGAAGUGUUCAUAUUUCCCAAUAUAUUCCAAGAUGUACCAUACUCAAUUUACAUCGCCGAGCUAGCA